AACCUCUGGAACAUCUUGCCGCCUUUGCCUCCGUGCGUUAGUGACUGACUGCUGAUGACUCACAAAUACAUCAACAAUCCGCCUGCAAGACCCUCCCCUGUAGUUCUCUGCUGCUGCCCUGCCUCUACUACCGGAGAGCAGCUGCAGCACCGAUGGAAAAGAAGCAAGGAUCCUCUCACCAGUAUGGUUCACUGGAGCACACCACAUGGAGCGGAGACACCAAAAAAACAGAGGACGAUGUGGUGUCCAUGGCGGACUCCACCAUUACUGUGGAUGACAUUGAGGGGGAGCUCUUCAAGAUUGAGAGGAUCAGGGACAUCCUGGUCAGGAGGGAGUCAGAGCUCAGAUACAUGAUGGAUGACAUUCAGCUGUGUAAAGAGAUUACUCGACUGAAGAAUGAGCUUCACAAAUUGGUGUCUAUACCAGAUAAGGACAAGUCCAACGAAGACCGACAGAAGGAGGAUGAGCUGCUGCAGCAGAUUCACAAACUGGUGGAGACCAGAGAUUUCUUAGUGGAUGAUGUUGAGUUUGAACGCCUCAGGGAAAAAGAAGAAGAUAAAGAAAUGGCAGAGUUUUUGAAAUCCAGAUUGCCAAGAAACUUGAAGAAAUCAGGUGCAUCAUCAAGAAGGGUACCAGCCAGAGCUCAGCAGACUUCUUCCCCUUUCACCAAGACAGGCCUCACCCUGCUGAAGGAGUGUUGUGGCUUUACGUGCUCCAUCAUGUAGACAAUAGCCAAAGCGAAAGACUCGCACACCAACAUCACCAUUCCAAGGGAGAUGUAUAACCAAGUUCACCAAUUAGGUGUGAGAAAGAGACGCAAAGAGACAUUGACGGAGAUGUGCACAUCUGUGGAAACUAUUUCGUUGCAAAAAUGAUCAGAAUAUUCAUUUUUUGCCUCUGCUCUAUGUCUGUGCUUCUCAUCCCAGUGUAACCUACUGUAAAUACUUUCUUUUAUACCCAACUCUAAAGGCUCAGAGCAGCCAAGCCGGCAGCAGCUGUUGGCGUGCACACUAAUUGGAUUCAACCAUCAUGACUCAGCCACAAGUUGUAUAUUCAAAGUUU